AUGGGUAGACGCAGGUAAAAUGUUAUUCAAGCGGGCAAAAACUUACGAGUUGUGUAUAGCGCUAACGGUAUCGUUUCCUAUGUAAUACGUCACAGACGGACUGACUGAGUGCUUUUGGUUGCAAAAAAAUGAACAAGCUUUAGGAGCGUCACCGUGUGGAGGAAUCCGUGCCUGGGUUCAAAUGGGGACACUUUGAACUUCUGCUCUUGCUGUUAGCUAGUUGGCAAGGCGUGAGAGGGAAGGAGCACUUCGGCAGUGAAAUGGCGCGAUUUUCCGAGUCAGAACCCCGGAUUUAUGGCUAUUUGCGAGUCGCGUGUGGACUUCUGGUCCACCUCCUGUGUGCGGGGUUUACGGUGUUCAUCGCAGUGCUGGCCCGACCUGGGAGCAGUUUGUUUUCUUGGCAUCCCCUCCUGAUGACACUGGCGUUCUCCUUAUUCAUGACAGAGGCGCUCCUUCUCUUCUCCCCUGACUGCUCUCCCAUCUGGAAGCUUCCGCACAAGACUAAGGGUCGUUUUCACUGGAUACUGCAAUGCCUCGCCGCCACCUGCGCUGGACUGGGAUUGGCUGCCAUCUGCUACAACAAGCACCUCAACAACAAAUCCCAUUUCACCACAUGGCAUGGCUUGAUUGGCCUGCUGACAGUGUCCUAUGCGGUGCUCCAGUUAGUAGGUGGCAUCCCUCUGCUGUACCACAACCUUGUGAAGGGCUGGUCCUUGGCCAAACUGAAGCGCUACCAUGCAGUCUCGGGGCUGGUGGCAUACGUGCUAGGCAGCAGUAGCCUACUUCUUGGUAUGGGCUCUCUGUGGUUCACAGCAUCUGUUCGUGGCGCUGGCUGGUACCUGGCUGCAGUGACCCCUGUCCUCAGCACCCUACUCAUCAUGAACCAGGUCAACAAUGCCUAUGUGGCCAAGAAACGAUUCCAGUCCUAAUGUACUGUUAUCCCUGAAUGACUACUUAAGGAUUUUUGCAAAAUUUGAAAUGCAUUUUAGUUUGGUCCCAUUGUUUUCCUUACCACAUUAUGAUACUGCUGACCCUUCAGAGUAACAUCUCAAAGCUUAAAGCAGCUGACCUGUAUCUGUACUCUAGGUGCUCAUGACCUUUACCACAUCUGUUAUUGAGGAUUUCACUGUGUAUUACUGACACUCUGAAGAAAAAAAAACAUGUACACACACCAAAACAAAAUAGAGAGGCGGAAAACAAUUGAGAAGCCAGCAUAAAAUGGAACAUUUUCUUCUAAUGAAUAUUCCUGAAAGAACUGCAUGUUAGGAUCAGAGUGAUAAGGAGAGUAUACCUUGAAGUACUAAAAUUCCUACUCGUCUUUACAUUGUGUGCAUGUGUGUGUGAGAGAGAGAUCAAGUAUUAUCAUACCUACAUCCAAGUACAGUCCAAAUCCUCAGGUGACUCAAAGUAAUGAUUGAGAGGUAAUGCACAGUAUCAGCUGGAGAGGAUGGUGGAAGGUAAGCAGUGACACUGAAAUUAAACUCUCUAAAUAACUGUAAAUAUUUAUUCAUCCAGAUGGACAUGUACUG